UCCCCAAUUCCAUAUCCGCCACCCACCUUCCCCUGCACACAACUCUCCACCGUAGCCCCCAAUCCCCACCCAUCUUCCCGGAGCAGCGAUGGCCCCCAAGGCGGAGAAGAAGCCGGCGGCGAAGAAGCCCGCGGAGGAGGAGCCCGCGGCGGAGAAGGCCGAGAAGACCCCUGCCGGGAAGAAGCCCAAGGCCGAGAAGCGGCUGCCGGCGGGCAAGAAGACCGCCUCCAAGGAGGGCGGCGGCGAGAAGAGGGGCCGGAAGAAGGGCAAGAAGAGCGUGGAGACCUACAAGAUCUACAUCUUCAAGGUGCUGAAGCAGGUGCACCCCGACAUCGGCAUCUCCUCCAAGGCCAUGUCCAUCAUGAACUCCUUCAUCAACGACAUCUUCGAGAAGCUCGCCGGCGAGGCCGCCAAGCUCGCCCGCUACAACAAGAAGCCCACCAUCACCUCCCGGGAGAUCCAGACCUCUGUCCGCCUCGUCCUCCCCGGGGAGCUCGCCAAGCACGCCGUCUCCGAGGGCACCAAGGCCGUCACCAAGUUCACCUCCUCUUAGAUUCCGUUGCCUGUAUCUAGUACCAGAUGUGGUUGUUCACUCUGGUUAUCGCCAAGUAGAAGUAGUGCUAGUGCUGGAUGGGAGUUGCUGAAUGCUUACCGAUGCUUCGUUCGCUGUAAGAACAGAAUUAUGAACCUUAUGGUGCCGCUUUUGCAAGCUGAGAUUUAGCAGCGUUGCUUAUGAUC